AGCUAGCAAAGUGUAAAAAGCAAAGAAUAUCUCCUCUCUCUCUCUCUCUCUCUCUCUCUCUCUAAAUCGAGACUGUAAAUGGACUCAAAAUACGAGAGAUGGAGCUUGGUGGUGGUAGGCUUGUUGUUGAUGAUGAUGGUUGGUUUUGCAGAGUCAGACUUGGCGAAAGAUAGAGAAGAAUGUGCAACCCAAUUGGUGGGGUUGGCCACGUGUCUACCAUACGUUGAAGGAAAAGCAACAGGUGCUCCUACCUUAGACUGUUGCACUGGCCUCAAACAAGUCCUCCAAAACAGCAAGAAAUGCCUGUGCAUCUUAGUCAAGGAUCGAAACGAUCCUUCCCUCGGCCUUAAAAUUAAUGCUACCCUUGCAUUAGGCCUUCCCACUGCUUGUCACACUCCCGCUAAUAUUUCCCAAUGCCCUGCUCUCCUCAACUUGGCACCAAACUCACCAGAUGCAAAGGUAUUUGAGGAUUUUGUUAACAGCACCAAAGGGAGCAAUAGUACCCCAGCUGCAAAUGGGAAUUCCACCAGAAACGGAUCAAUUUCUGAGAUUAAAAGCGAAGGCGAAAGGGCAAAGAGGUGGGUGGUAGUUGAGAUGGUUGGUGUGGUCAUAACUUGUAUGAUCGUUCACAUCUUACCAAGCCUGUAAUGUCUCCACACUGUGAGCUUGUUUGAGGUGUGCCAUCUAUACAUUUUCCAUCUUGUGCCAUUACGUAUACGUAUGCUUUGAUAUCUACUGCUAAAAAAAAAAACAAAAACUCUGAUAUCUGUCUCUGUCAGUGUUGCUAAUUAUUUAGGUCUACAUUUCAUGUUCGGGUGGGAAAAUUAUUGAAUAGUCUUAAACUUUAAUGUGAUUUUUUACUUAUGUAGUAUUUUGGAUCAAUGAAAGAUUGUAAUUUGUAAUAUACACCAAGUGUGGGUCAUCUUUUGUUUCCUAAUUGGUUUAGGAGUGGCUGUAUGGAUGUGAGUAGCAGUAAUACGGAUAAUAUUGUA